AUGGCGUUCUUACAUACCCAUUCGUGCGAGUGUUUAAAGUCGAAGCUACUAUUGUUUGACAUUCCACCGACCGAAACAACGAUCGAAGGCUCGCAUUGGGUUCAAUAUAAGCCUAUAUCGUCUUUGACCGAUGACUCACCGAUAGAAUUUGUGAUACCCGGGAACAGCGAUGGAUAUCUCGAUCUGGCUCAUACAAUGAGCUUAACUCGUGUGAGUAUAAAAUCUAGUACAAGCGAAGAAGAUGUGGCUGAGGCUGAUCGAGCGGCUUACAGACUUUUAACAGCCCGGGUGAGACCAGUCAACAAUUUUACGCAUUCACUAUUCAAUCAAGUGGGUGUAUUUUUUAAUAAGAAACCCGUGUCACCACCUACCAAUGCUUAUGCCUACAGAGCAUACAUAGAGACGCUGCUAAAUUACGGACCUGCCGCCAAAACCUCUCACCUCUCGACUGUUUUGUGGUGUAACAAUACGGCUGGAAAAAUGAACAACACAGAAAACCUGAACGAGGAGUUUGUGGAAAGGCGAAAGUUACUUGCUGCUAAUAAACCUGUUGACCUAGUUGGACACAUCCAUACAGAUGUGUUUAAUCAAGAGAAGCUACUGCUCAACGGCGUCAAAUUAAGGGUGCGUUUGGUGAAAUCGCACGAUAACUUUCGCCUGAUGGACCCUGCGGGCUCUUUUUCCGUACACAUUAAGGAGGCCAAUCUUCUAGUGAGACGUGUAAAAAUCAGUCCCAGUAUAUUGCUUGCACAUCCUCAAUUGCUCUCACAAACAACGGCUAAAUAUCCAUUGACACGGGUGGAAGUCAAGGCAGUCACUAUGCACAAUGGUGUACACGGUGAAACAUUGGACAAUAUCAUAUUGGGUCAGCUGCCGAAGAGAAACAUCCUGGGUUUCGUCAAUAACAAAGCUUUUAAUGGUGAUCGGCUGCUCAAUCCCUUCAAUUUUGAACAUUUUAAUAUAAACUUUCUAUGUUUGUACGUUGAUGGGGUGCAGGUGCCCUCAAAACCAUUGCAACCGGACUUUACGACGAGAAAUCUAUAUGUAGAUGCGUAUCACACACUGUUCUCCGGUAUGGAAAUACACUUCCUCAACGAAGGUAAUCAAGUGACGCGCGAGAACUAUCCCCACGGCUACUGUCUAUUUGCUUUUGAUUUGACUCCCGAUUUAUCGGCGAAUGACUGCAGCCACUGGAAUUUGAUUAAACACGGUAGUGUUAGACUAGAAGUACGUUUUAGCAAUGCACUAAGAGAAACGGACAAUUGCAUUCUGUACGCAGAGUAUUAUAAUAUUUUGGAAAUUGAUGCAUCGCGUCAAGUGAUCAUAGAUUUCAGCAGUUAA